GAGAAGAUAGGUACCCCUAUAUAGGAAGUGUUAAUUGGCAUUUCCGGUUAAUUAGUUAAUCCUUCCGGUUAAUUAGUUAAUCCUUCCGGUGACUUCCGGUAAACAAUAGGGGAGUGUUAAUGAGUUAAUUGGGGUGUCCUUCCGGCGGAAGUUACGUAAUGAGGGUACAUCCCCUGGAGGAAGUUCUUUUGUUUACAUCAUUCAUUCAUUCAUGGAGAGGUGGAGGAUGGACGUGUGUAGGGUACGAGGGACAAGGACCAAAUGACCAAACAAUGGGCCACCCGGCAUGUAUGUUGAAUGUGUGUGUUACCGACCAAUGAGAAUGCGAGGAUUUUUUUAGAAAGGAAGUGACCCAAAGUUGGUACUUGUUUGUGAUUGGACGAGAGAAAAUGGUGAACCUAUGGGCAAGUAUCAUAUGACAUCUAACUGUCGUUGAGUCAACAUCGCUUUGUUUUUGUUGUAAUACUGGCCAGAUUCUAUAAUGUACCAUGAUUUCUACAUGUGAUUUAAUGCACAAGCUUCGGGCAUGUACAUGCCUGGAAGAAGUAUCGAGUUUUCGUGAGGAAUAUUAUGAAGACCUUGAACCAGAACAACAUGCUUUGGUAUUUGCAAGGUCAUCCUACUUUUUGAGUUUGCAGGACUUGGAAGAUGGGAUUACCGAUGAUGAUUUAGUGGAUGUGUUCGUCGAGAACCAACAGCCCCCUCUCCCCCUAGCAACGCAGCACCAGCAAGGUCUUCCACAUGACGCAGCUACUCCAUGGCAACCAAAUUUUGAUGACGGCAUUUCCGAUGACCAUUUAAUGGAGAUGGACAUCAAUACAAAUAAGCCAUGUGACGCAACAUCAGUACCUGGCCCCUCUAACCGCCAACCAGCAGCAACAGCAGUGGCUGGACCCUCCCGCCAUCCAGCAUCAGCAGUGGCCGGACCCUCCCGACAACCACCAGCAGUGGCUGGACCUUCCCGUCAACCAAGAGCAGUGGCCGGACCCUCCCGACAACCACCAUCAGUAGCCGGACCCUCCCACAGUCAACCAAGAGCAGCAGCAGUAGCCGGACCCUCGUCUUUUCAUGUUGGGGGAUCUAAGAAACGUGUUGUAGAUGCACCGCCUGCAAGAGAACCCAAUCUCCCUACUCAUCACGUGACCAAAGUGAGUCAAAAACAUGUACGCAAAUACAAUGCUAAUGUAACUGAUUACACCGUUUCUUUCCAACCCAUAGAAAAUAACGGUCCCAUGAUAGAAAUGAUGCCACGCGUAAAUGAGAUGUUUGAAAAUAUCAUUGAAGAGAUGGUUGAGGGGGUAAAUGAUAGAGAUUUUGUUAGGAUUGUUUUCAAUUCCCCACAAUUAGAUAGACCCGUUAGUAUGCCAUUUGUAAGGAGGGAUCAAAUGAAUCACGAAGCAUUUGCAACCAAACUUGAGAAUACUAUUCAAUCGAAUGAUAAGGUAAGCUUGGACGAAACAGUCUCUUUCAACAUAUUACACAUGGCUAUGCCAAAUGGUGGUGGUUCCAAUGUGAAGUGCUUAACCAUCGAAGAGACAUUGUCCAGAAAAAGAUGCAUCAUCAGGAUGAAGAAUAAAGAUAACAUGUGUUGUCCAAGGGCUAUCGUAACUGGCAUUGCCCGGAUUGAAAAACACCCUAAUUUUGAGUCGAUCAAACGUGGUUACAAACAGCAAAGGGAAUAUGCCAUGGAGCUGUAUAAACAGGCCAAACUUCCAGACUAUACCAAAUGUGGCAUCGAAGAGAUUAAACUCUUCGAAAAGACGGAAUUCAUGGCCGGUUUCAGGGUGGUGGUUGUUUCAAAAGAGCACUUAAACUUCAUUACGUAUGCUGGCCCCGAAGACAGGCAGCAUACCAUUUAUCUGUAUGUUCAUGACAAUCACUUUGAUCUCAUUACAUCAAUGGCCGCCUUCUACAACAAGUCAUAUUUUUGCCACGAGUGUUUGGUAGGAUACGACAAGAAACUCAGACACGACUGCAUUUUCCGCUGCAAACUUUGCAAGGGAGAUGACUGCCCCGCCUCCAAUGACCCCGAUUCCUACAAAUGCAUUAGCACCUGACUUGAUGUACAAAGAGCAUUAGCGCCUUUACACCUUCUUAUUUUGUUUUCUUUAAACAAAAAAACUUUUUUAUCAUUACGUUUUUU